GUGGGUUCGGGGAUGUCAAGGAGACAACACUAACAAUGAGGUGAUGUGAUGGUGAUGGGGGGUUCUUGAUGUCAUACAUCUUCCGGUACUUUCGAUUGGAUUUGUCCUUUUCACUUUGGAAUGUGUUGAAAAGACAUAAUGUGAUACUAUCAGAAACAUAGUCCAAACAUGGAAAGCCAAAGAUGAAAUUGUACUUUCGAAUGAGAUAACUGUCCAGACGGUUCUUCUGAAUUCCAAAGAACACUGAAAGAACACUCGAUGUGCCCCUUGCUCUUCUCGGGUAUGAUGCGUUAAACGCCAUGUUGAUGCUAAAGUGUCAGGGAGAUGAAAAGGGCAACCAGCAAUCAAGCUCAAAAAUAAGUGAGCAGCUCAACGAGCAGACCAUGCAUCCAGCAUCACUUUUUGCUCCCAAAUCGAACACUUGCCACGAUCCUUGCUGGGAAUCAAUGUCAUUCGCCCUGUCAAUCUAUCACGUUGAGCCCACUGGCAAAUGAAUGAAUGAUACAGAAGAGGCCAGAGAACUAAAACUAGCCUCACUUUUUAGCUUUCUGCCGCACCUUUGGCGACACCAAAAGGGGGAAUGAGAAGAGAGAGCUACCAAUGCGAAAACUACCCCAGCAAAAGUGACCCCGCUAGUAGUGGUUCCUGUAGUAACUACAUCGUAGCUAGCUUUCACGUAUGAUAUAGCGUGACGAUCUAACUACUUUGGUCGUUUGCCUCCUCUGGCCAAAACUUUUGCGUCUCAUUAUUCUAGAUCCUGAAUCUUGACAAAGCAAAACACCAAAAGCAAGCAAAUACUACUGCAUCCACUGCACCAAUUAUCGAUCCAACCAUGACAAAGAUCCUCGCCGCACUCCUUGCAACCCAACUACCCAUCGCAUCCUUGGCAUGGGCUCCUCCUGGACAUGCAAUGCCAUACAGCAAGCUCCCCAAGACACUCGAGUUUGCCGAAAAGGCAUGGUUCUUGCCGCAAGCAGACAGCUUGUCGUCGUCGACUGGACCACAACGACUUUCGGAGGAGCAUCAGCAUCGAAUGCUACCCUGGACACAUCAGCAGCAUGGAUCCAUUACUACAGGUCGUACUAAUGAUCAUGCUCUGCAUCAUGACCGCUUCUUCUUUGAUGGAUACUCGGGUGGAGUCAGUGAAUGGCCUACUCGUCAAGCGUUCCUCCAGGCACACCCCAAAAAGACAUCGACGGAACUACAAAUGACAGGAGAGACGUUGACCGAACAAGACUUUUACUACGACGAUAUGGGUACUCCAGUGAGCUGGGUGGCACGAGCACCCAUCAAGAAGACAGAUGGAGCCUGCGACCACCACUUUUUCGACGACACGGGUCGCAGCACCUGCUGGAAGACUCUUGUGGAAGCUACGGAAAAGGUUGUCAAGACGGCUCCCAAAGUGGAGCUAAGAGAGCUUGUGGAGAGCUGUGAACAUCCCUACUACGAUGAUAUGGGCGAUCUCAUGUGCUGGGUCCAUGCGUCGUGAGGCAGCUCGAGUCGGAGCUCUGUGUUCUGCAUAAUAUACAGUAGUGUGGCAUACAUAAUGAAACGAGAAGACCCUUCGACGGCAUAGAUAUCGAAUAAAAAGCUAAUAAACUAUAUACUUCCGUUUGC